AUGUGUAAAAUUUCCAAUUUCCAGUUCAUUCGAUUAGUCAUCAUUUGUUUUUUGCCAAUUUCAGGCAGUUCGGAUGAUAAAGUAAGGCUGACUGAUGUGACAGCGCUCACGCUGCGAAGAGGCCAAUACACAACCGCGCGGCGGUCGCCGGCUGUGCCUCAGUUGCGGUGUGUGGGUGGGAGUGCCAAAGGACUCUACGAACCUGCGGUCAUACAAUGCUACAAUAGAGGGUUUGAUGGCGCGGAUAUGCAGUGGGAAUGUAAAGCAGAAAUGGAUGAAGCUUAUCAGUUUGGAAUGAUUCAAAUCUCAUGUGAAGGAUAUAGCUAUCCAGAAGAUCCUUAUAUUUUAAGAGGUUCAUGUGGUCUACAAUACGAAUUGGAGAAAACGAAAUAUUAUGAUAAUAGAUCGUUGAAGCAGAAAAAUGAAAAUGAUGAAAAUUUUUCUCUCGAGACACUAGUCCAUUUUCACCGGCAUCGUAAUUGCAGAUCGGGUUAUUCAACAUUGUUUACUCUUGUUCUUAUUGCAUGUCUUUUCUAUUUUGUUUAUUCUGUGUGGCCAUUUUCACGCGAUGGAAACAAUAGAGAUCAUUUUGGCGUAUGUUUCAUAAAAUAUAAAAGAACGUUACAUUAA